CUCCGCGGGGUGCGUUGAGGUCAGGUUGCGCUGCGCUGGAAGCGCGGGGAGAAUGUGGUCGCGAGAGCCCCGGAGCGGCACAGAGCUACAGUGAGUGUCUGGCCGGGAAGGGUUCUAUGAGGCGUAGAAGUCCUGGGCCUAAGCAGGGUGCUUCCAUUGGUUAGCAGCGGAAGAGCAGCGUGUGCGCGGAGGCGACGUCUGGCGCGGCCCGCCACCCAGCUGCUCCAUGCGGGCGGAGGCGAGCUGGGCUGGCGCGCGAGGUGCCUUGGGCAGCGUGCGCUGCUGACCCCGCGGCCCCGAGAGACGAUGGCGAAAUGGCUGAAUAAGUACUUCAGCCUUGGCAAUAACAACAGCAAGAGUGCCCCGCAGCCUCCGCGGCCCGACUACGGGAAGAAACGCAACGGUGCCGUCAGCGUGCUUUGCCCUGACGUGCCACCGCACUUUAACCUUCACCACUACACCUCGCCUGACUUUCCACACCGGCGCCUACACGACGACACCAGUGACCUGCUCCGUGCCUACCGUGCCCAGAAGGACCGCGACUUCGAGGACCCUUACAGUGGGCCCGGCUCAUCCUUGCGCCGGUUGUGCGCCGUGUGCCGCCCGGACUACUCUGUGCCCGAGGACCUGGGUGAGACAGCCUCCAAGGCCUUCUCAUCGUGCUGUGCCCCGCCACUCACCGACUGUGCAGCCGGCUCCCCGCACCUCUUCCGCAGCCACAGCGAGCGCCGCCCAGUGACACCGCCUGAUGUGAAGUACAUUUCCCCAAAGCACCGGCUUAUCAAGGUUGAGACCGGCGGUGGCGACGAUGAUGCAGGCAAGAAGCUCAACAAAGGCUCCAAGCAGCUGGUGAGCUCUGACCUCUCUGUCAUGAAAGAUAAAGUAUUGAUAGCUGAUGACUAUUCAGAUCCAUUUGAUGCCAAAAGUGAGUUGAACAGAAUGAGAAAAGGGGAGAACACUGGCUAUAUGGAACCAUAUGAAGCGCAGAGAAUAAUGACUGAGUUUCAGAAGCAGGAAGGCAUUAAGUCCAAUCAGAAAAACAUGCAGCUCUAUGACACACCCUAUGAACCAGAAGGCAGUGGUGUGGAAUCUGAUUCUGAAAGUGUGGUGAGUCACUGUUUACGAGAAAGCAAAUUGCCACAAGAUGAUGACAGGCCUGCAGACGAGUAUGAUCAGCCAUGGGAGUGGAACAAAGUCACCAUCCCAGCUGUGACAGCCCAAUUUAAUGGAAGUGAGAAACAGCAAGCAUCUCCUCCCUCAAAUGACCAGCGCAGGCAGUUAAGAGCACCUGGAGGAGGCUUUAAACCCAUCAAACAUGGCAGUCCAGAAUUUUGUGGGAUCCUGGGAGAAAGAAUAGAUCCAACUAUUCAACUGGAAAAACAGAUAUGGUAUCACGGAGCAAUCAGUCGGACAGAUGCAGAAAACUUGUUACGUUUAUGUAAAGAGUGUAGCUACCUUGUGAGAAAUAGUCAAACAAGCAAGCAUGACUAUUCUCUUUCACUGAAGCGCAGUCAAAUUUGGAAAACUUGUGAGAAUGGAGACCUCUUGACCUGUCUGAACCUGGUAUCAAGACUGCAACACUCUCAUGAGGACCAAGAUUUUUUUCUGUCUAGUCCAACCUCCUGCUCCAAGUAGGACAUAUUCAUCAGGUUGCUGAGUGCUCUGUACAAGCAAACUUGGAAAACUUGUGUGAACGGAGACCUCUUGACCUGUCUAAACCUGGCAGCAGUGCUGUACCACUCCUGUGUGGAAGAAGAUUUUUGCUAUAUCCAGUGAGAACUCUCUUUGUAGCAGCUUAUGCUUGUCAGCUGAGAAACUGCCAUCUCUGUAACUCUCUGUAACUCUCUAAUUUAGGGAAUGGAUGACUGCAACCUGGUACCCUGCACCCCACCUUUUCCUCUCCAGACUGAACAGAUAGUUCCCUCGGCCUAUCCUCAUAUAUCGUGGACUUCCAUUCCCAGAUCUUGUUUAGUAGCCCUUCUCUGGACUUGGUUCAGUGUUGGCUUCUCUUUUUUUUUGUGGGACACUCUCACAUCAGUUACAGUUACAGAUACAGAUGCAGCCUCUAUAAAGGAAGCAUUCACUUUCUUCUAGCAAGUCCCAUCUCAAAAGGAUAGAGAAGAGAAUCAUAAAAAAUAGUAAAACUCAUGGCUUGAGAUAUGAACAGUGUAAUAACUAAAAUACUGUAACCAAUAAUAACAGCAAAAACUGUUUACUGUUUAUAUGUAAAACUAUUUACAUAUACUAUAGAUAUAUUAGAAUAUAACAAAAAGAGAGAUAAGUAAAACCCAAGGAGGUGGAAAGAAAAGUGAUGCACGAGGCAAUUGCUCCAGCUGAUGCCCAAACUUCUGCCCACUGACUACUUCCAGUUUAUAUACUAGACAUGACAUUGUAUGCUAUACAAUAUCUCUUUGGCUAGUUCGGAUCAGCUGUUCUGGCCAUGCCCCCUACCAGCUUCCUCUGCACCUCCUAACUGACAGAGUAUGGGAAACUGAAAAGUCCUUGACUUAGGAUAAGUACUACUUAGCAAAAAAUAAAACAUCAGUGUGGUAUCAACAUUAUUCUGCUGUUAAAUCCAAAACACAGCACCAUACCAGCUACUAGGAGGAAAAUUAUCUCACCUGAAGCCAGGACAACUCCCCAAACCUAAGUAGGUCCUUAUUAGGGAAGCAAUGGCUGGCUGUCAUGAAUAAGUGACUUGUUGCAGUUUGCCUACAUUUUAUGUGUUUUCUUUCUGUUUUAAAAAGGGCAUAUGUCCUUGCCCUUUGUUCUCCAUUUCUAGCUAUAUUCCUGAAAUUAACACAGACCUGUGAUUCUAUCAAUUUGGCUGCACAUUUUUAAGGCACUUUAUAGCAAAGCACAUGCAUAGUGAACUGCAGGAAGGAAACAAUGUGUCUGUCUUCAUAAUCAUUUAAAAAUGCCAGUCUAUUUUAAAGGAAAUAAUUUAGAGAGUAAAUAUGAUUCGAAAGAUUUUUUUUCCCACCAAGAAACUGAUAUUCAAGGCAAGAUUUUAUAUGUGUAUGUAGAGACGUAAUUGCAGUGCCUUCAGUGAUAUCUGCUCACCAAAAAGCAUCAUUUCAUCAGAUAAUUGUUCAACAUAUCUGAAAGAUAUGAGCUUGAUUGUGUUAAAAGAACUUCCAGUGGGAAUGCUGCACCUGCUAACUGGAAAAUGGCAGGUUUUAGACGCACUGCUUUUAACGUGGCAUGAUUACUUUUCCUCCUGUAGCUUCCUGUGUCAUCUUAAACUGACUUUCCUUGCUGACAUUCACUGACUCCAGUUUUAACACUAUUGUCUUUGUCUCUGGACACACUUGGAAGAAACAAGGGUUGAGAGACAGAAAGUUAGGAAAUGAGGCGUCAAGCAAGUUGUAAAAAGCCUCUAGGCUUCAUUUUGACUUCAUGAAGUGUAGGGGCUGCCCUUUGCUUGUUUUGUCCUGGCUAAACUCUAAUAGCCUUAAAAUAGCCUGUGUGACAUAGUAAAGGCAGCAGACACUGAAGUAGCACUGCUGGAAAGAGAUGAGGUCAGCUCUACCACUUUCUGUAUUAAAUGGCAGUAUGGGUGCUACCAGUUAGAGUGGCAUUAUGCUGGAUAGGUUGCUUUUGCAGGAGGAGACAGGGCAGUUAUUGUGAUACUCUUCGCUGUGUAAUCUAUGAGCUUUUCCUCAAAGAGGCAGCAUACCGCGAGGGCAGGUGGGUCGUCAAGGAUUUCAGUGCCUCUGGUGUGGAAGUCAAGGACUGGUUUCUUCCUGCAGAGAGGCUGCAGGAUAGCAGCCUUUGCUCAGUACAGUGCAGCUGAAAGUGUUUACGCCAUUAAUCUUGGGAAUGAGCUUAUCUGUGGAAGGUUUCCAUCUGAAGCUGCCAGGUUCUGCACAUAGCCAUGUUCUGGGCAGUUGGUGAGAGAUGGAUUUGGUGUGGACUAUUAUGACACAGGACAGGGUAGGUCUCAUCUCACUUGAGUGAGGCUCAUUGCCUACCUGUGUGUCUAGGAAGACUGUCUCAGGCCUCUGGUAGGCUAAAAUCAAUGAUACCUUUUGGUCUGGAAGGUUGGUUGGCUAUUGUGAAAAGUGUUUGCAGGAAAACAUUGGGACUGAUAGGAAAGGGAUUGUACUCAGGAACACCCCUCGAUCCAUUCCUGAGUGAGACACUGUUGCACCUGGAUCCAGAAAGCACAGGUGGUGAAAACAAAAUACUAGCUGAGGUCAUCUUUGUUUUGCACUGUCCAUAGGAGUUUGCAGCUAGCAGUCAGUAUUGGAGUCUGGCCACUGUCUUGGCUAGCAACUACUUGUGUUUUGUUCUCCUAACAUUCCCCUAAGUCGUGAAGGAGAGCCUGUCACAGUGCUGCUCCCUUCUUCCAUAUGCACAAGCAUGAACUAACACUUUGCUUUC